AUGAAUGAAGCAUUGUUUUCUGCUUUUUUGCAGUGUGUGGCUCUUCUUGCCGUAGUGGCGCUCUCCGCCGCCAAGGAUGCCACUAAACCGGCUAAAGACUCCAAGAAACGCGACGUCUCCGAACUGUUCAACGGUGGACUUUCCAGCAGCUACUCCUCUUACUCGUCUUCUGGACUCGGUCUUGGCGGCGGUUUGAGCGGCGGUCUCAUCGGUGGCGGUCUUUCUGGAGCCAGCUACGACAGCGGACUCGCUUUGGGUGGCGCCUCUUUGGGUGAUGCCUCUUUCAGCGGAGCCUCUUUGGGUGGUGCCUCUUUAGGCGGUAUCUCCUACGGAAGCAGCGGAUCUUUCGAUUCCGGUUCCGUAAUCUCCUCCGGAUCUUUGGAUGCUGCUUCUUUGGGUGGUGCUUCCUUCGGUGGUGCUUCCUUUGGAGCUGGUGACGCUGCCCUCUCUGGCGCUUCCUUUGGCUCUGACGUAUCUUACGGUGGUGCUUUGGGUGGUGCCUCCUUGGGUGGUGCCUCCUUGGGUGGUGCCUCCUUCGACUCUGGCUCUUUGGCUCUUGGUGGUGUUGGUAUUGGUACUUUGGGUGGUGCCCAAACCAUUGGUGUCUCCUCCGGUCUUGGAAACGCUCAAUACACCGCUGAAUACCAAACCAGAGCCGCUCAAAUUGAAGGUAAAUUGGUAGGAAAAGCUGUCAAGAACACCGUCCUCAAGACCGUUGUUGAAAAGAUCGCUCACCCAGUACCACAACCCGUCCCAGUCCCAAUUGUCAAGACUGUUGCCGUCCCACGCCCAUACCCAGUCAAAUCUGUCAAGAAUGUCCAUGUCCCAAUCAAUGUUCGCGUACCAGUCGCCGUAUCUAGGCCAGUUGCUGUCCAAGUACCACAGGCUGUCCCAGUCCCAGUGCAAGUUAGAGUACCAGUAGAGGUAUCCAAACCAUACCCAGUCAAAAUCAUCAAGACUGUAGCCGUCCCAGUAGAAAGACAAGUCGUGGUCCGUGUCCCACAAACCGUCAAGGUUCCAGUCUCUCAACCAGUCCCAGUCGCCGUCCCAACCCCAGUACAAGUAAGAGUACCAACCGCCAACAUCGUCCAAGUUCCAGAAGUCAUCCCAGUCAAGAGCAAGGUACACACCAGAAUCGGUCAAAUCACCGGAUACUCUGGUGGUGCUUCUCUGUCCUCCGGCGCCGCAUUGGGCUCUGGAAUCAGCACCUACAGCUCUGGCGCUAGUUACGGUCUUGGAGGACUUGGUCUCGCAGGUCUUGGUGGUUUCGGUUCCGGAAUUGGUUACGGCUCCGCCGACUUCUCCUCCGCCUCUUUGGGCUCUGGACUCGAUCUUGGAGCCGGAUACAGCUCUGGAAUCUCCAGCUACAGCUCAGGCGGUGACUUCUCCUCCUCCUCCUUCGGUACUGGCUCUGGAUUCGGUCUUGGCUCCGGAAUCAGCUCUGGAAUCAGCUCUGGAAUCAGCUCUGGUGUAAGCGACAUUUCUGUCAGCUCUGGAUUCGGUAAUGGAUCCGGAAUCAGUUCUGGAAUCGUCUCCGGACUCGGCUCUGGAUUAGCCUCCGGAAUCAGCUCUGGCGCCAGCGACAUCUCCGUCAGCUCCGAUUCUGGUGUAUCUUCCGGAUCUUCCUCCACCAUUGUAACCAGCGAAUCCAACACCUCCGACGUUACUUUGAACGCCCCAAGCAAGAAAUACAUCCCAAGUAACAAAUAAAAACAUUUUAUGUGAUAUAGUAAAUAAAUGUAAACAAUAAACAAACUCAAUAAAUUACUCUGUUACAUACUCA